GUGCAGUUUAAACAUAGCACCCCUUCCGCCAAAAAAUCAAUUCAGUUUCUUAUGUUGAUUGUCAAGUGAGUUUGUCUAAUCAAAAAGAACUAGUUUAUAUAGUGCACAUUAUGAAUCUGAACAAUGUUAUUCUGCUGAAAUAUGGUUAUACAGAUGUCUCUCCUUUCAGAGGAUGGCUUCCCCCCUGCGUUACCGCGGUGACGUGGUGGAAAAAGGGGGGCGGCACUUGAUAACUGUAGAUGCUAGGUGGCAGCAGAGUGCUUGAAUCCUGAUGAUGACAGUAAAAUCCUGAGGAUAGGAUUUACAUUUUACACCUUUGACCGCAACAUGCUCGUCAAUGGCAGAGUCGCGCUACCCACAUUUCGGCUGGUUGACUCCACAGGAAACAGAUAGAUGAGUCAAACAUUUGAGAGGGGCUGGAUUUCCUUCAUAUUCUAGGACGUGUUGAGAGGGACAGAGCUUUACAGGCAGCAGUCUGAUAUCAUGUCACACAGCAGUUCCAUACCACUGAUCUGUGCCCUUUUGACCUGGAAUACACCUGACAACGAUGACAACAUCAGGAUUCCGAGCCUUCCUCCUCCUCCUCCUCUUCCUCAGCUCCCUCUUACCCCUGCUUUAUUUCAGCCUCUCGGACCAGGAGCUCCAUCAGCAUAAACAUCGUCCAGCUGUUCCUCAGAGAAACCUCCACAUCCUCCUGUGGCACUGGCCAUUCGGCCGCUCCUACAGGCUCGAUGGAGACAAAUGCCUCGAGAUGUAUAACAUCAGCAACUGCUUCCUUACUGACAACACCUCCACCUUCGCCGCUGCUGAUGUGGUUGUCUUCCACCACCACGAGAUAAGCAGAGGUCUGUCCACACUGCCCCUGCACUUGGAUCGCCCGGCCUCCCAGUACUGGGUGUGGCUGUCCAUGGAACCUCCCGCCAACAAUGCAAAUCUCACACAGCUCAAUGGACUUUUCAACUUGACCAUGAGUUACAGACGUGACGCAGACAUAUCCAUUCCUUAUGGAGAGACCAGAUUAGGAGGCUAUGAACCAGAUUUUCAGGGUGCUCGGAAUCGCUCCUGCUUUGCCAGCUGGGUGGUCAGCAGAUACUGGCCCCACCAGGGGCGGGCUGGUAUUUACCAAAGUCUAAAGAAGUAUAUUCCCAUAGAAGUGUACGGCAAGUGGAACAAGAAACCCCUGUCAAAUAACAAGCUGCUGUCCACAAUUGCAAACUGUUUUUUUUACCUGGCUUUUGAGAACUCUGAGGCAAAGGACUACAUCAGUGAGAAGCUGUGGAGGAACGCCUUCCAGGCAGGAGUUGUGCCCGUGGUUCUCGGCCCAAGCAGGGCCACGUAUGAAGCCCUGGCUCCCCCUGGUUCCUUUAUCCAUGUGGCUGAUUUCCAGACCACAGCAGAUCUGGCUGCCUAUCUCAGACAUGUAGCUGCAGACAGGCAGGUCUAUGAGAAGUACUUCCAGUGGCACCGCACUCACACUAUAAAGACCUACACUGACUGGAGAGAAAGACUGUGUCAAAUCUGUGUUAAGUACCCCACUCUACCAGCCCAACAAGUCUAUGAAGACCUAGAGAGCUGGGUUUACAGCUAAGAAUUGUAUCUCUUUAUGAUUUCAGGUCACAGAAGUGUUCUGAUUGGAACUGCUGAUACCAGUGGGUCACCACAUGCAAAUAUGAAAAACCAUGAAGUGACAGUUAUAUGUAGGAGAACACCUUUUUGGUAAACAGUGAGACACUGCACACCCCAGAAACAAAUCUCGAGUGGUUGGUGGGGGUGGCUAUGUGCUGUGAGAAAAAAAGAAAAAAAGCAGAAGUGAGAACUGGUGUAAGAACCAUAAAUAAGUGUUUUAUUUCAUGCCACCACACAGGGAAGUUCCUUUUCACAACAGGCUACCUAUUGCUGAUAAUAAUGAGCAGUGUUCCAUUGUUCUCCACCUGAAAUAAAAGAAAAAAUCUACACAAGA